AUGGAGAACCUCACCAUCUCUGACCCUCCACGAGGAGGCACACCUCACUCCGGCGGACAACUCGGCGCUGCAGCCGGGGCCCCAGCCGGGCCACCACAGCUGCCUCCUCAGAUGUUUACGACAGCAGCCCAGCUUCUCGAUCUUACAGACAAAAAACUCAUGCUUGUCCUUCGAGACGGCCGGAAACUGAUUGGCGUGCUAAGGACCUGGGAUCAGUUUGCAAACCUGGUCCUCACAUCCACAACCGAGCGUUACUUUGUCAGCUCCUCCAACGAUCGCCGACUCUUCGCUGACAUUCCCCGAGGAACAUAUCUGGUCCGUGGCGAGAAUGUUUUGCUGAUUGGCGAGAUCGACUUGGACAAAGACGAUGACCUCCCACCGGGAUAUACCGAAGCACACAUUGAGGAUGUGUUCGCGUUGAAGAAGGAAGAAGAAGCGCGGAGAAAGAAGAGUGAUAGAACCAGAUCGAGGAAGGCUGGAGAGCUGUGGGGCGGCGAGAUGGAGGGCAGUGGAGAGAUUCUGUUCUAG